UGCAGUUUUGUCAUUUUUUGCGCUUGUUAACCUUCUAUCUUCUUUAUAGUUUUAUUUUUAGUUUUGAUAUAAAUAUAUUGUUAUUUUGUACAAAUAUUAUAUAUUUGUUUUUUAAGGAUCCAUAAAGCGACUUAAAGUAAAGCCUAUUCAUUUCCUGAGUUUGAGUGACCUCUCUACAUAAAAAUGUUUAAAAAGAAGGCUAUAAAACAUAUAGAGGCACCACCAGCUGCUGAAACCAUGGCGAUACCCAGUUACUUCGGUGGUUUCGGUCCACCGGCGAGGUUUAGACAAAGGAAAAAGAAUGAAGAUGCCGUAACUUAUGACUAUCGAUUAGCCAGACACAACCUGCCGCAUCCUAACAAUAUAAAAGAAUCGGUAAUACAUCUGUUAAUGUUCGGCGCUGGCUCCGGGUCUGUGGCUGCUCAUGCUGGCUAUAUGUCCUGUGGCAUUUGGGCUUCUUUAGCAGUAAACAUGCUAAUAUCGAUGACCGUCAGUUACUGUGUUUGUAGUCUAGUAUGGUCAGCCCAAAGGCUGUAUGGUCGUAUACAACACCCCCAGCUGUCGUAUCCGGAUACAGCAGAAGCUGCGAUGCUUCUCUCAAAGUGGCGAUGGACAAAAAGAUUUGCCAGACCUUUUAGGUACAUAGUAGAAGUCACUUUAAGCCUACACUGUUAUGCGUCAUGCGUCGUCCUGCUCAUCAUGAUUAGCAGGAAUUUGAAGGAACUGGUGGAAGGAGAUGAGAACUUGAGCGAUGAUGGAAACCCCCCACUCAGAGUGUAUAUACUAUCCAUGAUGUUACCAUGCAUGGUGGUCUGUAUGGUUUCCAAUUUGAAAUAUCUGGCACCCUUCGCACUCAUUGCUGUUAUAUAUUGCGUUGCCGUCAUGGUGAUGACAGUAUGGUAUGCAUGCAAGAAUGAUAAACUGAUGCCCUGGGACCGGCCUUCUUAUAAAAACAUGAUGGGUUUCGUCAGACUGAUUGGUAUGUGUAUCUUCGUGACUGAAACAGCAUCCGUGGCGUUACCUAUAGAAAAUAAUAUGAAUACGCCCAAGAAGUUUCAUUACGUCAUGGUUUCAGCUAUGCCUAUAGUUACCCUUUUAAUGAUGACCAUAGGAUUCUGUGGAUACUGGAAUUAUGGGGAAAUUGCGUUCUCUCCUAUAACCGUACAUUUUCCAUUUGAUCCCUUCUCAAUUCAGUUGAAAGUCUUCCUUUGCAUUUUGCUGUACGUAAUGAUAGCAAUUUACUCCUACUGCGCUUUUGAUGUAGAAUGGUUCUAUUUCAAGAGGCUGCACAAACCUGCAAACUACUGGUUUUGGGAGAGGGUAUAUAGAAGCCUUCAUGUGGUCGUCAUUGAUCUGAUUGCUUAUGCAGUACCGACUGUCUCUGGGACUAUGUCUAUAAUUGGCUGUAUGUUUACAAAUCCCAUAGUUUUCUUCUAUCCUCAGUUGAUUGAAAUGUUAGUAUGUUGGGAUUAUCCAGGUUUGGGAAGACAUAAUUGGAGGCUGGUAAAAUGCAUUUUCAUAAUGUUUAUUUCUUUAGUAAUCAUGCUUGGAGGAACUGGUUUGAACGUAUACCGAAUGAUAUAUGAUAUGUAUAUUAAACCGCGUGGCAGAGUAGUUUCUAAUGCAACAACGGAAAGUAAUUUCUUUGAUAUCACUGGUAGACUCCGGUCUUUUAACGGUGAUUAUUAA